ACCAGGCGACAUCUCUGCCCCCGACUGGCGAGCAUGUGAGCUGCAGAAGCUGUCAAAUUCUCACGCCUUAGUUCUCUCUCCCUACACCUUCCAAAAGGCUUUGAGGAGGUGGUGUUGGAAUGCCUGUGCCACCGUUGCCGGGGCGACGACUUGGUUACUUCCGUUGGUCUCAAUGCUUCCGGGUUGGCAUUGCGGUGGCGUUUCCGAUUGUGGGAGCCUCGGCUUCCCAGUCGUCCGAUGAGCCCGAGCAGCACCAGAAAAGUGCCACUGUAAGCCAUGAGAUGUCUGGUCUGAAUUGGAAACCCUUUGUAUAUGGCGGCCUUGCCUCUAUUGUUGCUGAGUUUGGAACGUUCCCUGUGGACUUGACCAAAACGCGACUUCAAGUUCAAGGCCAAAGCAUUGAUGUUCGCUUUAAAGAGAUAAAAUACCGAGGAAUGUUUCAUGCCUUGUUCCGCAUCUAUAAAGAAGAAGGUGUAUUGGCUCUGUAUUCUGGAAUUGCCCCUGCCUUACUAAGACAGGCAUCAUAUGGCACCAUUAAAAUUGGCAUUUACCAAAGCUUGAAGAGAUUAUUUGUAGAACGUUUAGAAGAUGAAACUCUUCUAAUUAAUAUGAUCUGUGGGGUAGUGUCAGGAGUGAUAUCUUCCACUAUAGCCAACCCCACUGAUGUACUAAAGAUUCGAAUGCAGGCCCAGGGGAGUUUGUUCCAGGGCAGCAUGAUCGGCAGCUUCAUUGAUAUAUACCAACAGGAAGGUACCAGAGGUCUGUGGAGGGGUGUCGUCCCAACUGCUCAGCGGGCUGCCAUCGUUGUGGGCGUGGAGCUGCCGGUCUAUGAUAUUACAAAGAAGCACUUAAUAUUGUCAGGGGUGAUGGGAGACACAAUUUUAACUCACUUUGUUUCCAGCUUUACAUGUGGCUUGGCUGGGGCUCUGGCUUCCAAUCCAGUUGAUGUGGUUCGAACUCGCAUGAUGAACCAGAGGGCAAUCGUGGGACAUGUGGACCUCUACAAGGGUACUUUGGAUGGUAUUUUAAAGAUGUGGAAACAUGAGGGAUUUUUUGCACUCUAUAAAGGAUUUUGGCCAAACUGGCUUCGACUUGGACCCUGGAACAUCAUUUUUUUUAUUACAUACGAGCAGCUCAAGAGGCUUCAGAUCUAAGGACUGAAUUAUAUGUGAGCCAAGCCCUGCAACCUUUCUACUCUUUUCCCUUUUUCUGUGUUCUAAUGUAUUUUGACAAAGUUGUGUUUACUGAACCACUGAUCUCCCAGGAGCCUCCUGAUGGAAGAACUAUAGGAUGGUUCAAAAUUGUUCAUGUGUUUGUGUUACCAUGUUAACUUUUUCCCUGAGAGGAAGUGUUAACAUUGAGACUCUGGCCCCAGAUUGGUAUCUUCUAUGAAGAUGGAUACUGAUGGAUGACAUUCAACAUGGCCUUCUUUUCAAAUGUUGGUUAAAUGUAGUUGGUUAGCCCCAGACUUGGGCUAGAGCAGAAGGCAUAGGCCAGGGCAGUUACUGCUAUGUAUGUUUCAGACCUCGGUUCUCAUUAAAGUAUUUAUUGGCAGAA